CGCCGUCGCCGCCGCCGGACGUGACGUCAUGCCGCGCCCGCCGGGGUGGAACACCUGAGAGGCGCAGGGUUUUAGCGCUACAUUUGGGGGCGGGGCCACGAAGAAGACGACCAAUGAGAUGAGAAAGGGCAAUGGGGCGGGGCCAGGCCCUGGACUUCCGUCACCGGCCGCCUCCCAGAGCUGCCUAGCAACGUCAAGCAGGGCGCGGGGUUUUCCUCCGGUUCUGGCCGAGUCCUGAGGUUCCGGCUGCGGUUUGCCCGCCGCUGCGCUUUCAGGCCUGAAGAGGUAGCGCCCCACGCUCGCCCAGACUGGAAGCGCAACCAAGACGCACGUGUGUGUUUUUUUAAAUCCUCACCCGAGGAUAUAUUUAAUGAUUUCUGCCUCCCAUAAGCACCCAGACCAGGGUUGGAACCCGCCAGCUCUUGGUGCACAGGACGCCAAUCCAACCAGCCUAGCCACCGGGCCAGGGCACAGGUCACCUCUUUACUGGCAGCCCAGGCGCCGCCCGCCGACACCCCGCCGGCCGGCAGGAGCCUUUGAGGUGGCGGCGGAGGCUCAGGGCCGCCGGCAGAGGGCGCCCGCUGCUCCCAGGCCGCUUCUUUCCGACGCUCCCCGGGCCGCGGGGCGGAGCGAUGAGAUCUCGCGAGAUUCUCGCGCCGCCGGCGCCGGCGACCAGCAUGGCGGACACCUUGCAGCUGCCGAAGCGGGGGCCCCUCCGCUCCACGUGGGCGCGAUCCCGCAAGGCCCGGCCCCAGCUCACCCUCAGCCGCCGGCCCCGCCGCCGGCUCCGGCUCCUGCGCUGGUGCGGCCGGAGGCGCCUGCGGCGGCGGCUGCUGGAAGCCCAGGCGGCCGGCGCGGACUGGCGGGAGGGCAGCUGGUUGGCGUCGCGCUCGGCGGCUGCCCCGGGGCCCAAGACCGCGGUGCCCAGCCGGGUCCCUAGACCGCUCCCCAGCCCGACCCCCAGCCGGGCCUCCAGCCCGACCUCGGACGAGAACGAGGACACCGCCCCGAGUUGCCCCGCGAGACUCCCCAUCCCGCCGCUGCGGCCGGCUGGCCCGGGCCGCGCGUUGCUGCUGCUGCCGCGGGAACAGGUUUUUCCUUUUAGCGGGACCUGUCGCGUGACUUGCCUUUAUGGCCAGGUGCAGGUGCUUGGUUUCACCAUUAGCCAAGGCCAGCCUUCCCAAGAGGUCUUCUCUACCUACACCCACUCUUGCCUGGCUCUCAGUGCUGUUCAUUACUCGAUGCCUGAGAAAAGCAAGAAGGAGAUGAAAAGAGAAGCCCGGACUUUGCUCAGAGCUCAUCUUAACCGGGAUGACAGAUGUUGGUUGAUGAAGAACUUUUCUCCCCUGUGUUCCAUUGUGAUGCUAGAAAACCUGAAAAACGCCACCGUGAACUUCAUAACCAGCCAUCCAGGCUUAUCUUACAUUUUCGAACAAGAGAGGACAACUUUCCAGAUUAACGCGGAGUAUUUCGCCUUGAGGUCUGUGGGCAUUAAAAAAGAGAAGAAGAAAAACGGCCUUCAGCUCAGUGAGAGUUUCCUGUCGGCCCUGGAGGAGCUGGUCAGCGUCGCCUGUGAGGAAGUAGACGGCUGCCCCAUCAUCCUGGUCUGUGGCUUUCAGGACGUCGGAAAGUCAACAUUUAAUAGGUACCUGAUUAACCAGCUGUUGAACAGUAUUUCCUGCGUUGACUAUUUGGAAUGUGACCUGGGACAGACAGAAUUUACUCCUCCGGGCUGUAUUUCUCUACUUAAUAUCACAGAACCGCUUCUAGGACCGCCUUACACCCACCAGAGGACACCACAGAAAAUGGUAUAUUUUGGGAAAUCUACUUGUAAAAACAACUAUGAGAAUUACAUUGAGAUCAUCAAGUAUGUGUUCAGCUCCUACAAGAGAGAGUCCCCUCUCAUCAUCAACACAAUGGGCUGGGUGACAGAUCAGGGCCUCUUGCUUCUCGUGGAUCUGAUCCGCUUGCUGUCCCCCAGCCACGUGAUUCAGAUCAGUUCCAGCCGGAGCAGAACCAUGCCGCAGUUCACCCCCACCUACGUCGACGACAUGGAUGGCUUGUACACCAAGAGCAAGGCCAAGGUCAGAGACCGAGGCUUCUACCUGCCAGAAUUUGCAGACAGUUUGGAAUUCGGUGACGAAGAAAAGGAGAGUCCGGUGGCAUUUUCUGGGCAUAAGCUGAUGUGCGUCCAGUUGGACUUUGCGUUUAGAAAAACUCCAAGGAAUCGGGAUUCGCAUAACAGAGUUCUUCGGGACUUGGCCAUGUUGGGUUACCUUGGCCAGCUGCAGGCCCCCGCGCCGAAACCGCUUCGUCCCCUGCACAGCCUGACCCCCUAUCAGGUCCCUUUCCAUGCUGUCGCCCUCCGGGUCAUUCACUCUGAUGUCGCCCCUACCCACAUCCUGUAUGCUGUGAACGCCAGCUGGGUCGGCCUUUGCAAGAUCCUGGAUGAUGUUGGAGGAUAUACAGAGGGGCCCGUCCUGCUUACGCAGACUCCAAUCUGCGAUUGUUUGGGCUUUGGGAUCUGUCGGGGGAUCGACAUGGAGAAGCGGCUUUACCACAUCCUCACGCCUAUGCCCCCGGAAGAGCUAAGAAAUGUGAAUUGUCUGCUGGUCGGAGCCAUUUCCAUUCCACAGUGCGUCCUCAAGAGCCAGCAUGGGUUCGAGGGGAUGAUUCCUUACGUCACCACAGAUUAUAAUAUUAAACUUCCUGGAGCAACGGGGAAAAUUGGAGCAAGAGAAGCUGAGGAAACAUAUAGAAAGAGACAACAUCCAAAAGCUAGGUUCUAUCGAAAGGCACACUGACGUUGCUAACGAGGGAGGAAGCCUGACUGUCUCCGGCCUGACGUCAGCGGACCGAUGGGCUCUGCGCUGCGACUGCGCCCUGGCGAGCAGCGUUUCCUCCACAGCUCGUGGAAGUCAUAGUCCCCUUAAGUCCCUUCUUAAAGCUCCGCGACCUCAUUUCGCCCUGCUCUGCUGUGUGGUUCAUCAUCCACGAUGUUUCAUUUCCUACAGGGAGAAAGCAGCAGGGAAAAGGUGACACGCCAUUGAAACAGAACAAAGUUCAAGCAUCUGGUUGGAACCUGGGUAAAAAUAGGGAGACAAGGGCCCAAAAGAUGUACCAAGGAGGACGGCAGGCUGGCCAGCGGGAUCCCAGCAUAACAGGAUGUGGGGAUGCACCUCGGCCCUCGCCCACUUGUGGUGGCCGGCCAGGGUGGGGGACCCGCUGGUGGGUUGGUCCCAUCCCCUGAUCACGUGAUCCUAUCCACCUCUUCCAUUCCUGUGGGACAAGUAUUAAAAGAUCAUGCUUCAUCUUUAAAUGUAAUCAAGGCUUAACAGAUGGAGGUUUGGACUUGAGAAGCCUUCUCUUGCUCUCAAAUCCAGGAACCCUCUCGGGGCCUCGUUAGAGAUUUGCCCUGAUUGACUUCUCCUUUGAGACUGACAGCCUGGGCAGAGGUCUGGGAGAGGCCUGGGAGGGCAGCUCUCAGUGGCCCAUUCCUGCCGUUGGCAGCUCGACCUGAACUUGAACAUGCGGACAGUUCUGGGCUGUUGAGCACCCCCUCCUGAGUGCGGGAGCUGGUGAUGGUGCCAUCCUCCCAGGUGGAAGUCUGUCUUCGUCUCCCUGGUGCUCACGAGUCCUUACCCUGAGGUGGGUUGUUUUGGGGGCAGAGAGGAGCCGUCUGGAGCACCAUUUCUGUGCUGAGGAGAGCGGGAUUCUGUACUGAGGCAGCAUUUCAGACUUACUGUGAACGUCCGCUUCCUGCAGAUCGUGUUGAAGGCGGUCCCUAGGAUUCUCCGGUUUUACCAUCUGUAUUCAUUUAAAUCGCUGAUUAUCGUUGUCUUUAAGCAUCUCAGAGACCCUCAGGCGUGCAAAUUCUCACAGGAGCCUUGUCCCUCCCGGGUGAAUUUUAGGAUUCUGGAGACCACUUAAGGUCUCACUUCUUCAUUGCCUCUUAUUUAUAUUUAAGUUUACCAUGUACACAUUUUUCUAUUUUGACUUGGCAAAUAGUUGUGAGACAAUCCACUACCGUCAAUUUCUUGCCUCCUUCCCCAACCCCUGCAUCUUGAUGACAGUCACUAGGUCGCUAGCAGCAGGUCGCAUUUGCCUUUUCAUUGCUCCAGGCCUGCCUUCAGCUGCCCCUCUUGCUGGCAUUUAAGGACGCGGUCCUUUUUCAGUCCCCUCGGUAAAGAAAGCAGACGGGGCCACUAGAGGGAGUUGUCAGCCAUGGUCAGAGGGCCGGACCCUCUAGGUCCCUGGCUCUGGCCAGGCGGCUGUGGAUGUCCAUUUGCCUACCAGUGUCGGUGGUGUGGGCUUGUUAUUUCUAGUCGGCUGUGGUCAGGGUGUGUAGGAAUGAGUCUGCAUUGAGUUAUUCUUAAUCGUCGGUGUGUGAUUUCCAAAGUAGUACCUGCUUAUUCCAGGGUUCACUUUAUUUUAUAAACACAGACAGCUCAGUGUUCCCUCCUGACCCUGUUAGUCCUGGGGGUAGGAGUCAGUGUACGCCCAGGCCCCAGCCCAGAAACGAGAUUAGAGAGGGGGAGGGACAGUGACUCGCCCUCCAGGUGCCUUGGAGUAGGAUUUCCGAGAGAUAGGACUCUGGAUGGAAGUGGCUCCUGGGGGAGGACAGAGGGGUGGGGAGGCCCCAGGUGGAGUGGAGGCCCUGCCUCCACUGGGUCCUUUGACAGGUGGAAUCACCUGCCGGAAACGCAGCUGUCUGCCCUACGGUGUGGGGCGGGGCGAUAUGGGUCCAGGGCUCCUUUAUGCCAAGUUCUGAGUUUUUAAAAAUGGGUCGGUAGAGGCCUUAUUAGCUUUGGAUGUGGCAGUGUCGCGGGUCAGACAGCAGGCUGUGAUGUUAGAGCUCUGAGUUCAAAUCCUGGCUGGACCACUGGCUCCAUGAGGUUGUGGGGAGACAUUCACUGGAGCCUAUUCCCCUUUAAGAUGGGACAGAAGCUCUUCCCUGGGGUCCCUGCCCGCGCAGUGCGGAGGCUGGGCCCUCAGGCGAGCAGGGACUGCAUGCGUCCGUCUGGAAGGCAGGAACCAAGAUCGGAUUGUUCACAGUCACCCCAGAACGAAGCAGAAGCUCAGUGUUGGAAUCAGAACCUCUUGCCUGGCCCCCCUCCAGCAGGUUCACCUUAAAACCGUUCUUCCGGCCGCAUGUCCCGCUAGAGCUCCUGUGAAGGACCCCCGGGGAGUUUUUCCUGAACCUCUGUUUAGUGUUUUUGAACUUGGAUGGACAGGUCACACAUUUAGAACGUGAUCCAGUCCACUGCACGGAGAAUCGCUGUUGGUGCCAUGCUGCUGCCUCGUCUGACAUUUUCUAAAUUGUGUUUGUUUUUUUUACAACAUUGGUGUCCUGCUCUGUGUGUGGUUUUCUGUCCAGCUCUUUUCACUUAUAUCCUUUUUGUAUCAUUAAAUAUUUUUUAGGACAUGAA